UUCCGCUUCGCUUUGCAGCUCUUCCGAGGCAUUAGAUGGCGCUGUCAUGUGCAAGAGUGUAUGUCUCAUACCAGAAGCAGCACCAGAACAAGGAUACCAAACACCGAAACGCUGCCUUGUGUUGACCAAGCACUCCAGGCCAAAUGGCAGCAGCUUCUUCAUCGUCCUCCUCCGCCGGAGGGGUUAGCGGGAGCUCCGUUACUGGAUCUGGCUUCAGUGCAUCAGAGCUCAUUCCCCCUAGAAAAGUCCUCUACACUUACCCUAAAGGAGCUGGGGAGAUGAUGGAAGAUGGCUCAGACAGAUUUCUGUGUGAAUCGGUUUUCAGUUAUCAAGUGGCAUCAACUCUAAAACAGGUGAAGCAUGAUCAGCAGGUAUCCCGUAUGGAGAAGUUGGCUAGCCUGGUGGAGGAGCUGGAGGCAGAUGAGUGGAAAUAUAAGCCUAUUGAACAGCUAUUGGGUUUCACAACUUCAUAGCGAACCACUUGCUGCUCACAUCAAUGCAUGAAUUGCAAUGAAUUUUUGUUUAUCAUUUUACUUUUUAAAGAAUUUUUUUUUUAACCAGAAUGGAAAUGUUUUCGUAUAAUUUAUUUAUACACAUUUCCCAUAUUUGAAGAACAUACACAGGCUGUAGACUUGAACGAAACUGUUUUGGACAUUUUAAUGGAACUUAAUACUCAAAUGUAAAUAUACUUAUGUUACAGAUCAUGUCACAGCAGACUAAUCACGUGCAAAAGUGUACCCAAACUUUAACAAGUGUUUUUUUGUUUGUUUGUUUUUAAAGAUGUUUUUGUGGAAUAAAACUGUUCUAAUCUAUGUGAUUAAAAAGUAUAUAUUAAAUCAUUAAAAUAAAUCAUUUUAUUGAUACCUUCAUCCAUUUCAAAGGGCUACAUAGUAAGUGCACUGUCAGAGUUGCAAUUCUAGAUAUUCUUUGAUAUUUAUUAUUAAAUUGAAAGCAUGAACAAUAUUA